AUGCCAAACCGGACUGGAGAUAACGCAAAAACAGACAUCGAGGGGAAAGACAGGCCUUCGGGGCCUAACAGUUUCCCUCAAGAACCAGUUUUAAAAAUUCGGGACCAGUGUAUAAACAAAUUAGAAUCACUUGGGUUUCGAAUUGGACAAAGCUUAGUUGAAAGGUUUACAAAAGACACAGCUAGAUUUAAGGAUGACCUGGACAUUAUGAAGUUCAUUUGUAAAGAUUUUUGGAGUGUUGUAUUCAAGAAACAAAUUGACAAUCUACGAACAAACCAUCAGGGCGUGUAUGUUCUGCAAGACAACAAGUUCAGGUUCCUCACCCAGAUGUCCAACGGCAAACAGUACAUGGAGAUUUCUCCUAGGGUAAAUUCCAGAUACAGCUUCAGAGGACUUGAUGAGAACACUAAGGAUGUGAAAUUUGGGGACAUACACAUUUGGAAACUUGAGUGA